UAAAAUAGUACUAGUCCGACAACUUCACGUCGCACGACUCGCACGACUGUCAACGGAGGUUUCGAAAAUGCGCUGGGAGACGCGCGCCGAUUUCGUCGUCCUGUGCGUGUGACUCCGGUCCGGUUGCGGGAGAAGUCGCGGAAUCAUGUGGCCGAUGCGGCCGGAGAUGACUCGCGACGAGUGCAGGAAGUGCCUACGAUGCCUCGAAUUAGACGCUUAUGGAAGUAUGGUCUCUGUCCUACGAGCUCAAGGCCCUUUCACCAACGAAAAGCAGAAGUUGUUGCAAGAACUUGCUAAAGUAUUACAUAUCUCCAAUGAAAGACAUCGUGCCGAAGUACGGAGAGCUGUGAACGACGAGAAACUUGCAACAAUUGCAGAACAACUUAAUGGUCCGAAUACUGGUAUAGAUUGGGCUCUCGAAGGUCGUCGAACUAUUCCUCUCUUGCCAAGAUUGAAGGCACGGUCUGCAUUUACUACGUUAGCAAAUAGCCUGUCUUUUACAACUGCGAUUGCAAACGAGAGAAAACCUGAUACAUGCGUUACUGUUAGACAAUCUGGAAACUCAACAGCUGCUGAAACUGAAUCUCAUCCUGAUGUAAAAAUAAAAGAAGAUUUAUCUAUUGAUACAAGAUUAAAUAGCUUUGAAAAUGAGCUUGAUAACUGCAAAACCUCAGAGGAAAAUUCAAAUUUGAGCGAAGAUGAGAGGGCAGAUGAUAAAGAUAGGCUUAAUAAAAUUAAUGAAAAGCCCAAGGAGUUCCCUCAAAAACGCAAAUCUCCUUCCCCGUUGCCGACAGCACCACCGAAUAAAGUUCUAGUGGUGUCUGAACCACCAAACCAUACUUUGCGGACUUCUGAAAAUAAACAAGCGCCGCAAGUACUACAAGUAACCAAGCGUCAAAAUUUUGCAUUAAUUACGGUUACUAGUAAUGAGAUCUCAGAUUCUAAAAAGAGCACUACAGCGUCAGGACAUCCGAGUGAAUGCACCGCAGUUACGUUAAAUAAACAUGUAGUUGCUACAACUUCCAUGUGCACGAGCAACGCCAACAAUCCUAAGACGGUAGUAAGCACUGAGCAGAAUAAAAUUAGUACAAAAGUAGUACCGGCAGUAUCGAGCUGUGUAUUGAGCAUAAACAAAGUGCAUUCAAGCAAAGACACACAAUCUCAAGAUAGCACAAAUGGUGCACAGAAAGCCCAGAUGUCUGACAAUACUAGCUCAAAUCCAUCAUCUGUAAAGAGCUCUAUGACACCAAUUAUACAAAGUACUACAGUCUCAAGUCCCCGACUUACGCAAUCAAUGCCUGUGUAUCCUGGAACAACAGUAUCAAGUGGCCCCGGGCCGCCUCAAAUUAAACAAGUUCCCACAACAUUAAUGUGUAAAACACUGCCAUCCGAACAAAUUACAACCUUUGAUCAUCAAUCCACUGCCAAAACGGGUAUUUUUCCCAAGAAAGUUAUAAAUAUGCCUCAUUAUAACACUAAAUUAAAUAAGACUAAAGUGAUCGUCAUCCAGAAGGCAAAAGGCGUAACACUAUCACACGCAGGCAAGGAAGUGCUAGGCAAAGUAAUAAUGGGAGGAAAGAAUCUAUGCGUUACGAGCCAACAUAAUGCAAAUUCGAUCAAUGUUCAACCCCAUCAUAUCUCUCUGAACAAUGGAGAUAAAACAAAGACUAUGCUGCCGACUGCAAACUCGCCACAGAAUACAGAAUUUAUCAAAACGAAUAUAAAGUCUGGAAAAGCAGCGGUUGUGUCUUUGGUCACACAUUUACGACAUGAUGGUCCGGAGAACAAGGUUCUCUCGCAGCUUUUCGAUUCGCCGGCCAUUCUCAACGUUGAACCUAAGACUGUGAUACAGGAUGUAAAUGCGCGCUUGUCAAAGGAAGAAUGCAAUAGCGACAAAAAUAUAAUCGAUCGGGAGUCAUCUCUGAAAACAGAUUCCAUGAUUACUUCCACAUUGGAAGAAAAACAGCACAGAAAAAACAAUGAUGUUAGCGCGAGCACGAAUUCUCAGGUCACGAAUCUGCUAGAAUCCUCAAAACCGUUAGGAAGCAAGGAAAUACGCGUCAAGCCGAAGCAAGUGCACGAUGAUGAAGACGAUAUUCGGAUACCGGAAAAACCUGACGAAGACAUGGAUGCAUUUGAUGCGACGCUAGAAUCGACAAAUAAGAAUUUGCAGAGCUUCCAGUACCGAGUGGACAACGAUGAGAAUCACGAUUUAGAAAAGUCGUCAAGGUCGAAGGUGACCGUAAAUCAGAUGGACAAGCAUGACGACUCGUAACAACUAAAGAUCUCGCGUUACGCGUGUCGUAAUCAUCAUUACACGAUGGCAAGGCUGAUACUUUCGUUUCGAAAGCGUACUGAUGUAUUUAUCAUGUAUACGUAUAUAAGCGUAUGUUUCUAUUUAUAUAUGUAUGUCUAUUUUAACGAGGUUUAUAUACAUAUGUCUAUGUUCGUUCCUCGGAAAAUUUCGACGAUCUCAAAAGGAUUAAAAAUGACCGAUGCCAAUCUUUUUCAUUAUUACAUAUGCAGAAUGAAUAACAUAAUUUGUAAAAAUA